UCCAACCCUUGCGCGUUCCGGACAGUCACACACCACUCCACCACUCUGCAACUCGACAGGAUGGCGACGUUUUCGUGGAAGGCAGCCGUGGUGGCGACCCUGCUGCUUCAAGUGGCCCUCCUACCCGCGCAUGCCGCACCUCAAGGCGGCGGUGGCAUCUCGGUGUACUCGCUGACGGACUCAAACGGGCAGCAGCACCAGGGCGUGGCAACCCUCUCUCCACAGCAGACGCAAGUGCUGGUGCAGCAGAAUGCCCAGCAGGCCAACGCGCUGUUCAACAACAGCCUGGGGGGGCUUGGCGCCAUUGGCAACAUUUUCAGCGCUCUGCUGGGCGGCGCUGGGGCUAGCACCAUCGCGGCCGCCGCUCCCGCGAAGUCCGUCGUCGUGGCGCCCGCCCCCGUGAGGCCCGUCCCCGUGGCACCCGCUCCCGUCGUGCCCGCCCCCGUGAAGCCUCUCAAGGGCGAGAAGCGCAGGGGCUGCGCCAGCUGCUCCGUGGAGUAGGGAGUACUUGCGCUGCCCCCUCCACACCUGCCCCCACCAAAGGGCUGACCGGUGGCGGGGUGGUUGCCACCUACAGUACGGACAGCUCGGGUCACACCCACGAGAACGUGCAGCACCUGAACGCGCAGCAGGCCCACCAGCUGUUCCUCGAGAACCAGCAGAAGCUCCAGUCGCUGUU